CAUUGUUAAGAUUGUUGAUUGUAGAUUGUAUGAUUGUACAUGCGGUAGUGCAGUGAAAAAAAGUUAUGCAGAGUAAAGCAGACGUAAACCAAUCUCAGAUCAAAUUAAGUCACAAGAAAUGGAAAGCUCUUCACAAGAAAGCAAAGAGGAAGCUGAAAAGACAGGCAGAAGCAAGAAAACGGCAACAGGAAAUAGAUGAAGAGGAGAAACAGAGAGAGAACUCUGCAUUUUAUCAGAAAAUGUUGAAAGAAAAAGAAGAAUAUGAGUUGUUACAAGAGCAGCGUGAUGAGGCUGAAAGGGCAUAUCUUCAUAAGGUAUGGCUGGAAAAGGAGAGAUUGGCACAGGAAGAGUGGAGGAUCCAAAAGGAACAAGAGACUAAGGAAAAGGAAAAAAGAAUAGAAACGGAGAAAAAAAUAAAGGAAGAAUGGGAAGAAAGACAGAGAAAAGAAAAAGAGGAAGAAGAAUUGAAAGAAAAGAAGAAAGAGAAGCAGGAUGAACUCCUAAAGGAAGCCACUGCCAACGAAAACAAGGAGGAACCCUGGCACAAUCCCAUGGCCACCCUCUUACCAGGAAAAGAAAGAGAGACAUGCAUGUUCUUUUCUAAAACAGGGGCAUGUAGAUUUGGUGAUAGGUGUUCUAGAGGACACCCUCAGCCUGAAAUCAGCAAUACCUUACUGUUUACCAACAUGUACAAUCAUUUUGAGCUGGAGCAAGGACUGAAAGAUGACCUUGACACUACGGAUGUGACCCUGGAAUAUGAAGAAGGAGAAAUCUAUCAAAACUUUCAAGAAUUCUAUAAUGACAUUGUUCCAGAAUUUAGAAAUUAUGGAACAGUGAUCCAAGUCAAAGUCUGCAACAAUUACGAGCCCCAUCUACGGGGCAAUGUUUAUGUGCAGUAUAAAAGUGAAAACAGUGCACAGGAAGCUUUCAUUAAUCUGAAUGGAAGAUUUUAUGGUGGGAAACAGAUUUCUUGUCAAUAUGUUGAUAUUAAGAAGUGGAAAUCUGCUAUUUGUGGGCUGUUUGGAAGUGGAAGAUGCCCAAAAGGAAGAAACUGUAACUUUUUGCAUGUGUUUAAAAAUCCACGUAAUGAGUUCUGGGAUGCAGAUAUGGAUGCUUUUCAUAAGUCAAAGGAAAGUACAAGGUCAAGAAGGCACAGGUCAAGAUCUAGGUCUCAAUCAGAUUGGCGCAGGUCAAGGUCAAGACGGGCAUAUAGGUCACGAUCAAGAUCUAAUGAGAGAAAUAGAUAUCAUUCAAAUGACCAUCGAUCUUCAAGGCACUCAAAAUCUAGAAGCAGAUCAAGAGAGAGGUCCAGUGUUAGGUCAAGGAGAGAUAAACAUAGGUCAAGGUCAAGAAGCAGAUCACAAAGUAGAUCAAAGGAAGAAAGACAGAGAAGAUCACGCAGUGAUUCAGAAGAACGAUCAGGAACCAGGAGUAAAAGGACAAGAAAACAGGGAAAUGAUUCAAGGUCCAGAUGCAGAUCAGAAAGUAGGUCAAGGAAACAGAAAAAAAGAAAGAAAAGGUCCAGGUCAGGAUCUCCACUUAACACUAAUAGUCAAAACUCUGCAGCCCAGGAAGAUAAUAAAGAAAUUUAUGACAAUCAUAAUUUUAAAGACAAUACAAAAAUUAAUUCAGUUACAAAUACUAAUGGAAUGGAUUACAAGGAUGUAAGCGACAUUGCUAAGGACAGUGAUUUUAAAGACACUACAGAUACUUUCAAGAGUCUUUCACCAACAUCCAGCUCUUUGGAGCAUUCUAUGAAAAAGAAACAUAAAAAACACAAAAAACAUAAACAUAAGAAAUCAUCAUACUCUGUUUCUGCAGAUAGCGAUUAAAGACUUCAUAA